CCAGUUUUUUCUGUGCGUAUACCUCCUCAUCCCUUCCCUCCAGCUUCCCUCUUCCAGAAGCGAAUCCCUUCCUCGAGUCCCCCUCUCGCCCGCCGCCACCAGCCACCGUCGUUCAACUCAUCCCUCGCUGAGAGCUAGAUUCAUAUCGGCAGUUGGGUAAAAGAAUGGCGGGCGGCAAGAUGAGAAAAGAGAAGACCAAGGCGCCGCCGACGGCGAGCCACUACCAAGGAGGAAUAUCGUUCCACAAAUCCAAGGGCCAGCACAUCCUCAAGAACCCUAUGCUGGUCGACAGCAUAGUACAGAAGUCCGGCAUCAAGAGUACCGACAUCAUUCUCGAGAUUGGUCCCGGUACCGGAAAUCUCACCAAGAAGCUGCUCGAGGCCGGCAAGUCCGUCAUCGCCGUCGAGCUCGACUCUCGCAUGGUGCUCGAACUUCAGCGCCGCUUUCAGGGGACUCCUUUCUCUAAUAAGCUUAAGGUCAUUCAAGGCGACGUGCUAAAGACCGAUCUACCAUACUUCGACAUAUGUGUGGCCAACAUUCCCUACCAAAUCUCAUCACCCCUCACAUUCAAGUUACUCAAUCACCAGCCUUCAUUCAGGUGUGCGGUCAUUAUGUACCAGAGAGAAUUUGCAAUGAGACUCGUUGCUCAGCCAGGGGACAACCUCUACUGCCGUCUCUCUGUCAAUACACAGCUCUACGCGAGGGUCUCACAUCUUCUCAAAGUCGGGAAGAACAAUUUCCGCCCCCCACCAAAGGUCGAUUCCUCUGUGGUCCGAAUCGAGCCCAGGAAGCCUCGCCCUCAAGUCAACCCUAAGGAGUGGGACGGCUUCAUACGAAUUUGUUUCAUCCGAAAGAACAAAACUCUUGGCGCAAUAUUCAGGAUUAAAAAUGUGCUUUCGUUACUGGAGAAGAACUACAAAACUCUCCAAGCACUGAAUACGUCCGUUGCUGCUGAGAUGGAUAUUUCAGGACUGGAGGAGCUAGGGGGAGGGGAGCAGAGCGUGGAAAUGGAUGCAGACGACGACGAUGAUGAUGAUGAAAUGGAGAUGGAGGAGGAUAAAGAAGCGGCAAAUGGAAGGUCGGAAUUCAAAGAGAAGGUUGCUGCAGUGUUAAAGGAGAAGGAUUUUUGUGACAAAAGGUCAUCGAAACUGUCACAGGAAGAAUUCUUGUAUCUGCUCUCUCGAUUCAACAUGGCUGGCAUCCACUUCUCUUGAGCUUUCUGUGAGCUGUGGUGGUUGUUAUCCUAUUAGGCUUCUCCCUCUACCUUACUCUAUGGAUUUCCUGGUGAGUUUUGCUGAUGAAAUCUUUAUAGGAGGAUGUAGCAAUGCAGUUUUGUUCUGAUAAUUAUAGUGGACACAAAAAGAGUAUUUGUUUUGUGUGGCAUGAAUGAAGAUUAUAUGUUUGUCCUUGCUGUCCUGCUUGUUCAUCUGUACUCUAGUUAUCUACUCUACUCCCUUCUGUUCGACUGAUAAUUCAGAAUUCUAUUGCUGCAAUCACAAAGGUCAGAUGAAAUUGCUAUCUGUGCUUUAAGCAAGCUGCUUCUACUUUGGUCAAGGUAUCAAACAAGGUUGUUUAUGAUUGCAGAAAGAGAGUUCUUAACUGCCAAAGUGACACU